GGUAGGGCUCGAGCCCCCUGCGCGUUAGCAGCAGUUGGAGUUGGAGUCGUUUGAGUGUUUUAACCGUUAACGAGUUUUUCCAAACGGAAUAAAUUCAUAAUGUUUUCAUUCGUGCUUAAAAUGUUGCUUUCGACCGAAACAUGGAGCUCGCUUUGGUUUUAAAAUGUGCUGUUUCGGCCAGCGGACAUGAUGUGAUUCAUUUUUUUCACUUCAGUUAGUGAGAGAAGCUAUUUUUUGGGGGGUAAAGUAGCUAAAAAAACCGAGCUGUGAGGGGAAAAAUGGGCAAAUUUCAGUCAAAACAUGCCUGCAGACGAAGAGAAAACCCUGAAGGGGACAGUUUCGUCGUGAACGGCUUUAUUUCAAAAAGAGGAGCUGAAGAAAGUGAUAGAUACGGCAGCGAGCAGAAAAUGAGGAGCAUUCAGGAGUCACAGAGUGGUGAGCUGAAAGAUGGACCAAUUUUAGGACAUCACUGCCCUCUAGAGGUGGUCCUUCCCCCUGAGAAAGCGGAGGGCUGUGAGAGUUUGCUGCAGUUUGUUCAGUGUGAGGAAGGACAGAGAGAGACCAGCAAAGGGAGGAAACGCAUCAGCCUGGACGAGCUGGAGUGUGACGUCUCUCUGGAGGAUGAUAACAGGCAGGAGUGGGUCUUCACCCUCUAUGACUUCGACAACAGUGGCAAAGUCACCAAAGAGGACAUGUCCAGUCUCAUGCACACUAUCUAUGAUGUGGUGGAUGCCUCAGUAAACCAGUCGUGCCACAGCAAGAGUAAGACACUGAGGGUGAAACUGACCGUUACUCCGGACCCCAGCAACCGUCGCAGAGAACACACACACUCUGGAACAGAGCGAGACUGGAACUGUAGCCGUGUGGAGUCCACCCAGCAGGAGGAAGUGCGCGGAGCAGACAGACGACACUCCACACACAUCAGAGGGCAGGUCGCCGACCCCCCGGCGCGGAAUCAUUACUGUGUGGAUGAAAACACGGAGAGGCGGAAUCAUUAUCUGGAUCUGGCUGGCAUCGAGAACUACACCUCCAGGUUCGAAGCCACAGUGCCCCCUACAGUCCGUCAGGAUCAGUCCACCCGAACGUCUCACUCUCAGAACCGCUCUCGCUCGCACGAGCCCGAACCACACGCCCAGCAGCGCCGCUCUCAGGUCAUCGCUGAGCACUACGCCCGCCCGGCCCACAGCAAAUCCCCUAAAGGAGCGUCCAGAGGAGGUGGGAUGACCCCAGCAGCGGUCAGUGGAGGCGGGAGGGGCAGUAAGUGUUAUAUGCAUUAUCCUCCAGUUCAGGCUGGACACCACGGAGGCCAGGAUGUUUAUCAUCUGCCCCAGCAGAGCCAAUCACAGCCGGCCACGCACCUCCAGCACCCUCUACAGCACAGCCACAGCAAGAGGCUCAGGGCAAAAGUCAGAGAGCAGGCCGGCAAACAGCAGCAGCCUUCGCCGGACCGAGAGUCUGUCAGCAGCCCUGGAGGCUUCGUGCUGCCAGUGGUCCAGCGGCACGAGCAUCAUCACCACCAUGAGCAUCAUCAUCAUCAUCACUACCAUCACUAUCAUCAGACAUGACCAAAUACUGCACCUGUAGGGCAGCGUGGAAGAGUCUGUCUAUUCCUGUGGUCACUAAUCUUGGUCCUGGAGUACCUCUGUCCUGCAUAUGAUCCAAGGCUAUGUUCACAUUACAAGCCUCGUUGCUCAAAUCAGAUUUUUUGCUCAAAUCCGAUCUCUCUAACAAUAUGGUUCACACUCGUUUAGGUAAGUG